UCACUCAAAUAACACAGACCAUUCACUCUUUUCUGAAUCCUUCUUAGCUUGAACACCCAUGGCCAGGUGGAGUGGAGACUGUAAACCAGGACUGAGAGUGGACCCCCAGGAACACUGGCAGUGGUUGAGGUGGUUGUUACUAAUAAGUGGCUAGAAAUAAAUGGCCCCUCCAGCCCGUACAUUGUUGCAGAGGUGACCCCAGGACCCAGUGUAACUGCCCUGCAGACUUGUUCUUGUGACAGAUGGUUGAGGGUCUCUUGGCAUGAGUGUGGCAUGAGUUUACACACACUCUUACCUCUUUCUAUUGGCUUUGCAUCAAUGAUCGUUCUGAGUUAGUUAAUCCACUUUUGUUUGUGAAAGCAGCACAACUGUCUUCUGUUGUAGGACGUCAUAAUACUCCAGUACUGAUACAUACGUAGUAGACGUGCCUUGCAUUGUCUUUGUCAUAUUCCAGUUUAUCUCUUUUCAUGCAGGGUGCUUUUCAUCUACAGUCUCUCUUUUGUGAAUCCAUUAACGUAAUUAUAGACGUGGUGCAGCCCAAUAUGCUCCAGGCAGGAUUUAUUGUGCGUAUGAUUCAUAACUUCGUCAUAGCAGCGCAUUUGCUCCUGGAAUAAACAGACACACAUUAGCAAAGUUUUACGAUCUGUCGACAAGUUACUUGACUUCCUCUUAGCUCGCUGUGUUUCCAGUUGGGUAAUACCUCCCGUUUUUUUCAUUGUUUGCUUCAGUUCCUGUUACUUUAAAUGCAGAGUUAGUGGGGAAAUGCGUUGCAGUGCAGUGUACAGUCUGCCAUAACAGACGCAGGAAAGGCGUAAUUUUAAUAAUUUUAUCUUGCGCAGCUGAAUAUCACAGCUCUAAAUAUAUUUUAAAAGGCGAUUUUUUUUUAAUCUUUGGUAAUGAGAUAAAAGAAAUGUAUCCAUUUCCAGGCCUAUUUAUCCUGUUUGUAAUCCCCUCCAUUUGUAAAGGCCAGCAUGAGACCACCUGCAACGUUGUCCCUAAAGAUCAAUACAUUGAGGUGGGAUCCGAUACUGAGAUAGUGUGCCAGACUUCAUGUGUCCAUGGCAAAAUCUUCUGGACACUGAACAACAGACGCAUAGAUGAAAGCCUGUCAAACACUAUCAACUCCUCACACACAGUGCUGACACUGAGGAACUUCACUCACCACAGUGCUACAUUGCAAUGCCACAGUGCAGCUACUAAGCAAGUCCUUGGAGGCACCACCAUCAAAACGUACUCAAAACCCAGCAAUAUCUCAUGCAUCUUUCACUAUGAUAAUCUGAAAAUGAAUGGAAUACCGCCACUGUUUACAUGCAACUGGGACCAUCAGAUUGAUUCCUCAUUGGAUAUAAACUACACUGUCCUGUAUGCCAGUGUGGGAGACUCACAGACCCAGAGUGAAAUCUGCAACUCAAAAGUAACAACAUGCACAGUCAAAAAUACAUCUCCUGCAAUACUCUUUGGGGAUAAUGCCACUGUUACUGUGAGAGCUAAAACUGCUGCUUGGGAAGUUAACUCCAAACCUGAGUAUGAAUUCAACACAAAUCACAUAUUGAAAAUGUCCCCUCCGGUGUUAACGGUGACUACCUUCUCUGAUCAUCUAUGGGUUCAGUGUAACCGGUUUCUUUCAUCAGAAAACUGUCACUGUCAAGUCAAAUACAGCAAGGCAGUCAAAGAAAGUACUCCAGAGUGGGUGCUCAAUAAGACUCUCGAGUCCUACCAGAAAGGAUUCAACGUGACCAUUGAAAAAGUGGAAUCCUGCACUAACUACAAAUUUGCAGCCCGCUGUGCUUUAGUGCAGGCCCCCUGGAGCGAGUGGAGCCAUGAGAAGACAGUUCUGACCAAACUAAAUAAGCGUCAUGUCAAGCUGCGCCUGUGGAGACAGGUAGCUGAACCGGAGAAAAAUGGAGUUAGAAAAGUUCAUGCCAUGUGGACGGAGAUUCCUUCAGCAUGCCAAGGCACAUUUACCUACACUAUCAAACAGACUCCCUACAAAGAACAUGUGACCGGAGUAAAUUAUACAGAUUCUUUAUGUGGCAAUUCAACUUGUGAUGUUGAUGUGAACCAAGAUGCACACAGAAUAAAUCUCACAGUCUUCGAUAAUGAAGCCCUGCUUGUGGAGGACUCCGUUUAUGUUCCAGCCAUUGGAGAGAGCCUCCCUCAAGUUACCGACAUCCAGACUUCAACCCUUAAAGGCCGUAUUCUGGUCAGCUGGAAGGCUCCGGUUCAGCCUGUCAGUGGUUACAUGAUCGACUACACCCACAAUGGAAAUCAAUACCAAUGGAAGGAGAGCAAAUACACUAAUGCAACACUGGUUGACCUCCUGGAUAUGAAACCAUACAAUAUUACAGUAACUCCCCUCUUUGAUGACAAAACAGGUCAUGGCACGCAAGCCCUUCAGAUCUGCUCCAGAGUCGGAGAUCCAGGGAAUGUCACUAUCAUUGAUGUUCAGGCUAUCGACCAAAGUGCCAGAGUGACCUGGACUGUGAAGUCACAGGAGGCAUGCAGUGGUGUUGUUGUCAACUACACCGUCUUCUACGGUACACAGAAAGGACCACAGCUCAAUGUUUCUGUAGAUAGCACAAAGCAGGACAUCUUGUUGAAAGAUCUGAAUCCAGACACCCAAUACAGCGUCUAUGUCAAUGCCACAGCUCUUACUGGAACUACCAAAAGCAGUGAGAGGUUCUUUGAAACUAAAACAUUUGAUCCAAGGCUCAUGACAGCACUCAUUGUCUGCGGAUGCAUCACUAUAUUUCUCGUGUUGUCUGUUGGAUUAUGCUGUGCUAUUCAGUGGAAGAAAUUCAAGGAGAAGCCGGUGCCUAACCCUGGCCUCAGCACUCUGGCGUUGUGGCCAUCGACAAGUCAUCAAAAGGUGAACUCAAGAACGCAGCCCUUCCAGCCAUUCAGUAAUCCAUCCGAAAGCCUUUGUGACAUGGUUUACACAGAGGAAGCUCAGAGAACGCCAACCCCUCCACUAGCUACAGGCUGUAAUGGUAAUCCAGCUAGUGAACAGACAGAAGAAUACAUUGACCCAGCCAUAGUUCCAGCGCCAGACUCACAGAAUGAAGACCCAGCUGAACUUGUAGAGACACAUCAUCCAUCUUCUCCUGGAGAAUCCACAGCACUGCUUUCUUCAACAAACACCCCGUUAAGCCCGUAUCGAAGUCAGAGUUCUGUGGAAAGUCCUGCUCCGAGGACCAGUAAACAAUGUAAGCGUGUUCCAGUAAAACAGCAAGAAAAGACACCACCAGUAACUGUUUAUGUCACUUUGGACAUGUUUGAACAAGGCCAGGGCAGGUGAAAUGAAAACAAAACCAUAAUGACAUUCCAAGAGUCAAGAUAAGUGAAUCAGGUCUGAAUACAGCAGAUGUGGUUUAAUCUCCCCAAACAUUUCCAUAAUGGUGUGUGGCAUUACACUGCUUGGCUCUGUGUCUACUGUGGAGAAGAAUGAUUGACAAUUGUAAACGUAUAUCAGACUUCAUGGCACAGAUAAUAAAAUGCAGUGUUUUGUAGCAUAGCUCUUUAUUUAUCCCUGAGGGGAAAUUUCAGUCUCACAACAGCAGAGAUAUGUAGGGAAUAUAAAAUGAAUAAUAAAUAAUGAAUAGAUAAGGAAUAUAAUAAAAACUGCAUUAUAUUAUAUCACAACGCCCAGGUUUGUCCAGUGAUAGCAUGCUGAGGAUUUAUGUAAAAAGUGAGAACAAUAUUGUGUUGUAAAAAAUCAUAAUAUUAGCUAUGUAUUAUAAUAAGAUUCUCAUGUUUCCUGUUUUUUAACAGUGAUAUCUGCACUUGUUAAAACAGCUUGCUUGACAUUGAUAGCUGUCACUCAUUGCACAUUUUUCUGUACAACUUGGCAUUAAAUUUAACAAUGACAUUUACUUUACAUAAGCUGCUUGAUAGUGUUGCAUUUAUUGUUUUCCAGCAAUUUUUUAUUGUGCCUGAGAUAGUAGUCCUUUUUGUAUAAAAUGGGGGCACAAAUGGCUACAAAACUGCAGUCAACAAGCUGUUUACAGAUAUAAUCUAAUACAAUAUCACAAAAUGUAUUUAAUGUUUAUUUAUUUGUUAAAGUGUUCAAAAGUCAUUAAUUACCAAGGCACACUGCAACAUUUAAUAAAUAUUCACCAAGUUAAAUGGAUUUGAAAACUUUUGUUUUUUACAUUAUUGAACAUGUAACAACAACAACAGCAAACAUAACCAGGGGUUCUGAAGCAGAAAAUCACAAUGGACAAGAAUAUUUAACAAAAAUAUUAAAUAACAUACAUACAUUUACUGUUUUACAAGUGUUCUUGUUGAGUACAACAUGUUUUGAAUGUUUAAUGGUUGUAAUCAAUUUUCAAAAACAAAGGAUGGCCAGUGAUUAGAGUAUACAUUUAUGGAUGUGUGUUUUGCUAACAGUAAGAUCAGAUUAGUAAUGUAGUACUCAAUAGCUUUAGCAGAAGAGUAACUGAUAAAACAGAAAGUACAUGUUCUUCAGGAAAGGGAAAAUCUGAGUCAAUCCGUUGACUGAUAAAUGUACUGACAACUUGCCAAAAUUUCUUUGUAGAAAACACUUAGGAUAAUGCAGUUUAAUGUACAUAAUAGUUCUGCUUAUUUUUUACCUAUCUUAGUUCAGCUUUGUUGCAAUUGUUUUAAGCUGUAUGGCUAUUUUAUCUUCCUGUAAAAUGUUCUGUGUGUAAAUACAUUGAGAGCAAUUUAAAACGAGUCAAAUUGCUUGUAUAUGUACACAUACUUGCCAAUAAAGCUAUUGAUUCUGGUCCUAUAAGACAUAAA